CGGCCUCCGUCCGCCAGUCGCACGGCAUCCGCGCAGCGAGACGGACGUGCCACUACACGUACCGCUCCACAUCGCACGCAAUAAAUAAUCACCAAACUAGAUCUCAUUAAAGUAACCUGUGUUCAUGAGUGAAAACGCGUACUUAAAUAUACAUAACAGGACUACCAUCUACCCGUAUCCCGAGGACACAAGUGAAGUGAAAUGCUAGCAAGUUUUUCUGCAGUACUCAAGUGUUAUAAGGACUUUGUUUCGGAAAUGGUCAUAUCGACCCACGGGAAGUGUUUAUGAGACGUUCUGAAGUGAAAUGAGAAGUCUGUGAUAUAGCGUCAUAAUGUUCAUAGCGGCGACAUUGUUGUGUGCGCUGCUGCAGGUCGGGUGGACCGUGCUCCCGUACGGCGCGGACAAGUGUUCGCGGCUGCCGGGGAGGGACUCCGACGGAGGGGUGCUCUGCAAGAUCCGCACUCUGGACAGCGACGGCGGGAACAUCGCCUCCGUGUCAGCCGACACUUCCCGCCUCGCCAUCGAGUGCAACCAUCUGCUCCUGUUCGAGAGCUCUCUGCGAGCUCACUACUUCAGCUCGGUCUCGGGCCUCACCGACAUCUCUAUAAACAACUGCAAGUUGCUCCAUGUUCCAGACAACACUUUUCAAGACUUGCGCAAACUAAAAAGGCUGAAGAUUCGCUCAAAGAACUACGAGUGGAGCCCAACUAAAAACUUAGAGAUUACAUUGAACUCCUUCAAUGGAUUGUCCGAACUUCAGUCGUUGGAUCUUGCUCAGAAUAACAUAAAAGCUAUUCCGCCUAGUGUGUUCUGUUCUUUGGAGAAUCUGAAUACAUUGAACUUAACUUACAACAGGAUUAAAACAGUUGGGCAACUUGGCUUCGGACAAGGCUGUACAUCAAGCUUACAUAGCUUAGAUUUAAGUCAUAACAUGAUAAAAACACUGCCGGAAGAAUCAGAACUACUGAAACUGAGAAGUUUACAGCAUUUAUAUUUACAACAUAACAAUAUCACUGACAUAUCAAGUGAAGCUUUCAACGGACUAGUAUCUAUGAGAGUUCUCAACAUAUCACAUAACAAUCUCCAGCAACUCCCCGAGGGAAUUUUCACAAAUUCUAGAGAGCUAAGAGAAAUUUACUUGAACGAUAAUUCUCUAUUUGAGUUAGCUCGAGGAAUAUUUCAUCGCCUAGAACAGUUAAUAGUUCUUGAUCUAUCGAGCAAUCAACUAACAAGCAAUCACGUUGAUGAUGGAACAUUCUUGGGAUUAAUACGUUUAAUUGUGCUGAAUUUAUCAAACAACGGCCUUACGAGAAUCGAUGGCAAGACUUUCAAGGAUUUGUUCUUCCUACAGAUUCUGAAUCUUAAGAACAACUCAAUUGGAUAUAUUGAAGAGAACGCAUUUUUGCCGCUAUACAAUUUACAUACAUUGAAUUUGGCUGAAAAUAGACUUCAUACGAUUGAUGAAAACUUAUUCAACGGAUUGUUUGUAUUGAGUAAACUGACCUUAAAUAACAACCUAUUAGUCAACAUUGACCGGAAAGCGUUCAAGAAUUGCUCAGACCUGAAAGAACUUGACUUGAGCUCCAAUCAGCUGUUAAAUGUUCCUGAAGCAUUAUGGGAGCUAUCAUUCCUGAAAACCCUUGAUUUGGGAGAGAACCAGAUAUCUGACUUCAGAAAUGGAUCAUUCAAAAACUUGAACCAGUUGACCGGUCUGCGACUGAUUGACAAUCAGAUCGGAAACUUAUCCGUCGGCAUGUUCUGGGAUCUGCCGAGCUUGCAAGUAUUAAAUAUUGCCAAGAAUAAGAUCCAGUCAAUUGAACGAGGGACAUUCGCUAGGAAUGCUCAACUGGAAGCAAUACGACUCGACGGGAAUUUUUUGUCCGACAUCAACGGUGUGUUCGCUACCCUAGCCAGUCUUCUGUGGCUUAACCUAUCGGAAAAUCAUUUAGUGUGGUUUGAUUACGCUUUUGUGCCUAGCAAUUUGAAGUGGUUGGACGUUCACGGCAAUUUCAUUGAACAUUUGGGGAACUAUUACAAGUUGCAAGAUGAAAUCCGUAUAAAGACUUUAGACGUUAGUCAUAACCGUAUUGUAGAGAUAUCACCUAUGGCGAUACCUAAUAGUGUAGAAUUGUUGUUUAUAAAUAAUAACUAUCUAAAUAAUAUUCAAGUGAAUACGUUUUUCGACAAAAAGAACUUGACGCGAGUGGACAUGUAUGCUAAUGAAAUAGUGCAUUUAGAUUUGAACAGUUUACGUUUAUCACCUGUGCCUAGCAAUAAGAGCUUGCCGGAAUUUUACAUUGGUGGAAAUCCGUUUCAAUGUGAUUGUACUAUGGAGUGGUUGCCGAUCAUCAACAACAUGACGACCAUGCGCCAGUACCCGCGAGUGAUGGACCUAGAGAAUGUAUUGUGUAAAAUGACAAACACGCGCAGUGGUACCCAUGUGCCGUUAACUAAUCUUAAGACUACCGACUUCUUAUGUGAGUAUGAAACACAUUGUUUCGCCAUAUGCCAUUGUUGUGACUAUGAUGCUUGUGACUGUGAAAUGACUUGCCCUCAAAAUUGUACUUGCUAUCACGAUCCCCUAUGGAAUACAAAUGUAGUAGAUUGCUCGGGUCAAUCUUCGGUAGAAAUCCCUCAUAAAAUCCCGAUGGACGCUACCGAAGUAUUUUUAGACGGAAACAAUCUAAAAGAACUCCAAAACCACGCAUUUAUCGGUCGACAGAAAAUGAGAUCCCUCUAUGUAAAUAACAGUAACAUCGAAAAUAUUCAAAAUAGAACUUUUGCCGGGUUGACUUCCCUUCAGAUUCUCCAUUUGGGUAGUAAUAAAUUGAACGAGCUAAAGGGAUACGAAUUCCACCAAUUGAGUAACUUGAAAGAACUAUUUUUACAAAAUAAUCUAAUCAGUCACAUCGCUAAUAUGACAUUCCUGUCUUUGAGAUCUCUCGAAGUAUUACGUCUUGACGGAAAUAGGUUAGUGGAUUUCAGUAUUUAUAGCUUCAAUAAUAAUCCGAACCUCCGAGCUUUGUCGCUUGGAAAUAAUUUGUGGUCGUGCAAAUGUCGUUACCUGCAAGAGCUAACUGCAUAUUUAGCAGAGAAUGCGCAAAAAAUAAUUGACAUAACUGACGUGUGGUGUUGGAACGGUGAAGCAAAACCGCCGCAGAGAAAAGAGCUCAAUUUGAACGGUACCGCUUGCAGCGAUUAUUACGCUGAUAAUUCAGUCAUCGGAAACAUGUUGGUUUCGAACUAUGUUCCCAUGAUGGUCUCAACUCUCACCGGUUUUAUGUUAAUUUUAUUGGCUCUUAUCGUACUAUUUCUUUUUAGGGACACGCUCCGAGUGUGGCUUUACACGAAUUGUGGCAUUCGAGUGUUUUCAUUUGCCGGCGCAUUCGAAGAAAGCGAAAAGCUUUACGACGCCUAUGUGUGCUACAGUCCUAAAGACGAGGAAUUCGUUGUGCAAUCACUCGCCCCGGAGCUCGAGAACGGAAACCCCUCUUACCAUCUUUGUCUCCAUUAUCGCGACAUUCCACACCACGGCGCCCAGUACAUGCAGUGCGCGCCACCUGACUUGGAGGCCACCGAGGCAUCCAAGCGUAUAAUAAUUGUGCUAACGAGAAAUUUCAUGCAGACUGAAUGGUCCCGCUAUGAAUUCCGGCAAGGGUUGCACGAAGCUCUAAAAGGGUGCAUUUAUAAGUUGGUGCUAAUCGAAGAAUGUUCGGUAGUAGCGGACGCGAUGUGCGACCCCGACUUGCGGCCGUAUCUCAAAACAGGAUCGCGUCUGAGUUGGGGUCAGCGUAGAUUUUGGGAGCGUCUCAGGUAUAUGAUGCCGGACGCCACUCAAAGGAGUAGUAGUCGUAAACAGCAGGCGCAACACUAUAGGAAUAAUAUAAAUACUUACACCUUAGAUUCGUCGGUGCCUAAUGGUGGAACUCGUACGUUGCCUUUUCCGAAUAAGUCGCCAGUGAUGGGUGGUGGAGGUCAGGGGGCGAGCGCGCCGCCGGAGUAUAAUAGUGAGGUGCGUCAGUCGCCGGUGCGACAUCUGCAGACUCAGACGCAGGGGGUGGUAUACGGGCCUGACGGGAGGCCGAUCUCGGACCACAUCUACUCGUCCAUAGACUCUGACUACUCCUCGCUAGAGCACGGAAUGGCGCCGGGCCGGCGGCGCGACCCGCGCCAGUGGCCGCCGCCGCCACCGCUAGUUGACACCGGCAGCGCCGUGCAAGCGUACCUAGUCUAACCGGGCCCUGCCCACAGUGCCCACCUUCCAGUCACAAGUAACUAUGUAUCAUAGAUGUUAGAUAUAGACCGCUGUGUAAAUACUGUAAUUAUACUAGAACGUAAGUGCUAUACCAAAACUAUGUACUAUAUUGAUUAUUAUGGAACUGUAUUGCCUGUUCGUUAUCAUUGUGUAUAGAUUUCGUAAAAAAUUAAAGACUGCUGUAGAUUAUUAAAAUAUUGUAAAUAGUGAAAACAAGUGAUCAUAGAGUUAUUAUCAGUAAUAAUAUGUUAUUUAUACAAAAAAUAAAAACAAUGAAUUUCUA